AUGGCCAAAAUCAGAGUGUCCAGUUGCUCUGGCUCAGGGGAUGAUCAUUAUGAAGGAAAAGAUGGUGAAGAAAAAGCGGAGAAGAAGGACGAGAAGCGACUUUUUUCCAGUGUCGACUCGACGAAAGGCUCGACGGCGAACAAACGAACACGUCAGACGUACUCGCGGCUGCAGACGCUGGAGCUGGAAAAGGAGUUCCACUACAACAAGUAUCUGUCGCGCAAGCGUCGCAUCGAGAUCGCCCACGAGCUCCAGUUGAGCGAGCGCCAGAUCAAGAUCUGGUUCCAGAACCGCAGGAUGAAGCUCAAGAAGGAGCUGGUCGCCACCAAGAGCGGGGACAUGGACCCGGGACUCGCCCCUCCCCCGCCGCCCCCGCAAACCACCCACCCGCCCUACGACCACGAAUUCGACCACAGCCACAGUUCUAGUCCCUCCAGUUAUGAUCACGCGCAUGGGAUGUUGCAGAUGCCCUCCCUUAUGUCCAUGUCGUAG